AUGGCGUUGCUGCUCGACCCGAAGACAUCCAGAAUCGCGGACGCGAACGCGCCCUCGGCGGCGUUUUUUGGACAACCUGUCGAGACCCUUCGGGGACUCCCCCUCACGGCACUCUGCCAGGGCAACGUGCGUGAAAGGAUCGAAGACGAUCUCUCACGCGCCAGCGAGGCAGGAUCUGCAACGUUUAUCCUCGAGCACAUGCUCGCCUGUGGGAUGCCCAGCAUGGUCAAGUUCCACGCGACGAUGAUGAACACCGAUUGUGGGCCGCACCUGUUUUGCACCCUCGAAGAUCUGACCCAACAAACCCAGGAUGCCGCCGCGCUCGCGAGCGGAAAGGAGCUCUUUCGCGCCCUCAUCGAGCACUCGCUCGACAUCCUCUUUGUCAUCGAUUUGAGCGGUGAGUUCGCCUUCGCGAGCCCAUCGGUCGAGCGCGUGCUCGGAUAUCACUACGAGGAGUUGCUGGGCGUGCGCGCCGACACAUUGCUCCACCCGGAGGACGCGAGGAAGCUCUCGGAGCGUUGGGAAUCCCUGCUGAACGAGCCGAGCAAAGUCGUCGAGCUCAAGCACCGCAUCCGGUGCAAGGACGGCCACUACCGCGUCCUCGCCUCGCGCAUUCGCAACCACGCCACUCACCCGAUGCUCGAAGGCUUCGUGGUCAACGCGCGCGAUAUCACCGCCGAGGAGAAGAUGUCCGAGAAGCUUCGCGCUCACGCGCAGAAGCUCGAGGCGAACAACCGCGAGCUCAAGGAGUUCGCCUACGUCGCAUCUCAUGACCUGCAAGAACCGCUGCGCAAGAUCCGGGCGUUUGGAGACCGGCUCGACCGCCAGUUCAGCGAGGCGCUCGGCGAGCGAGGGCUGGACUACCUGGGGCGAAUGAACCUCGCGGCGACGCGGAUGUCGACCCUGAUCGAGGAUUUGCUCGAAUACUCGCGGCUCACGACGCAGGGGCGCCCCUUUCGCCGCCUCGAGCUUCACGAAAUCCUGGAAGGCGUGCUCACGGAUCUGGAGAUCUCGAUCCGCGAUCAACGCGCCACCUUCGACAUCGGAGAUUUGCAUGCGCUGGAAGCCGACCCGACGAUGUUGCGACAGCUCUUGCAGAACCUGAUCUCGAACGCCAUCAAGUUCUGCAAGCCAGAAGAAGCUCCCCACGUGAGCGUCCAAACCGAGGAGCGCGAAAACCCGGAUGGCAGCAUCCAAAUCGAGCUGACCAUCACGGACAAUGGCAUCGGCUUUGACCAAAAAUACGCCAAGAACAUCUUCCAGCCCUUCCAGCGCCUGCAUGGCCGAAACAACUACAAGGGGACGGGCAUCGGGCUGGCGAUCUGUCGCAAGAUCGUCGAACAUCACGGCGGAUCGAUUCACGCCUUCAGCGCGCCAGGAGCCCACCACGUGACCACGAUCGAAGCGUCAGAGGCGCUCGAGCGCCUCAAGCAACUCUGGCUGCUCGAGCAGCGCGCCGUACAGGAACAAUUCACCAAGGCCCGACAGGAUCGCACGCUCAAUGACAGAGUGCGCGCGGGCAUCGCUCUGCGCGACCUCGAGGUUCAGGAGAUCCUGGCCGCGCCCGGUGAUUACACGCGCGCCUGGCUCGCGCCUCGCAAGGACAACCUCGAGGGGUUCGAGCUGCGCUCCGGUUCGCCGCUCGUGGUCUGGCGCGAUGAGAUCGGCGGAGAGUAUUCGAGCAUCGCGACCCUCUGGCGCGUGGAGCGCGACAGAGUUGGCAUCUACGUCGAGGGUGACCUGCCCGAUUGGAUGGAGACGCCAGGGUUUAACCUCGACGAGGAAGCCCCGGACGCGACGUUUCAACGCGGCGUCAAGGCGAUCGACCAGUUCAUCAAGGCAGAACAACACCUCGAUGAAGCGACGAUCCGCAAAGCAUUGUUCGGCGUCCCCGAGCCAGCCGACCGACCGAGCAAGCUCACGCCGCUCGAUGCAUUGCUCAACCCGGCGCAGCUCGAGGCGGUGCAACAGGCGCUCGAUGCUCCCGUGCUCGCGUUGAUUCAUGGCCCUCCAGGCACAGGGAAGACGCGCACAUUGAUCGAGGUCAUACGUCAAGCCGUCGAUCGCAAGGAGACCGUUCUGGCGACCGCUGCGAGCAAUCAGGCGGUCGACAACCUCGUCGAACGGCUCGACGCAGCAGGGGUCGAGGUCGUGCGCAUUGGACAUCCGGCGCGCGUGAGCGAGGCUGCCAUGGCGCGCUCGCUCGAUGGAUUGCUCGAGCAAAACGAGCUCUAUGGUCUGGCCAAGAAAUGGAUGGACGAGGCCAACGCCGCGCGGCGAAGGAUUCAGAUCCGCGCUGACCGAGGCCAGCUUAGUUAUCGCGAGCGCCGCGAACAGCUCUCCGAGGUGUGGUCGCUGAUGAAAGACGCGCGCCAACAGAUCAAGCGCGCGCAGCAAACGAUCCUCUCGCGCGCGGAUGUGAUUUGUGCGACCGCCGCGGGUUCGGCGUCGAGCAUCCUCGGCAAGAAGCGCUUUGACCUCGUGGUGCUCGACGAGGCGACUCAAGCCACAGAUCCGAUCGCGCUCGUGCCGCUGACGCGAGCCAAGCGGGUCGUGAUGGCUGGCGAUCCUUGCCAGCUCCCACCCACAGUGAUUUCGCAGCAGGCCGAGAAGCAGGGGCUCGGCGAGACCUUCUUCGAGAGGUUGGUCGCGCGCGGGGCGUCGGUGACGAUGCUCGUCGAACAGCACCGGAUGAACGAGACGAUCAUGCGGUUCCCGAGCGAUGAGACCUACAACGGCGAACUUAUCGCGCAUGAUUCGGUCGCCUCGCAUACGCUCGAGGAUCUUGGCGUCGAGCCCGACGCGGUGCGCGUGGGUCCGCUCGUGUUUAUCGAUACGGCGGGCAAGGGUUGGGAGGACGAGCGCGAGGAAGAGACCGAGAGCACGCGCAACCCAGGUCAGGCCGAGCUCACCGUAAGCGAGAUCAAGGGGCUGAUCGCUCGCGGCGUGAGCCCCACGGAUAUCGGCGUGAUCACGCCAUACAAGGCGCAGGUGCGCCUGCUCGAGCAGGCGCUAAAGGAAGAGCGCGACGCGGGGCUGGAGAUCGCCUCCAUCGAUGGUUUCCAGGGCAGAGAGAAGGAAGCGAUCGUGGUGGAUCUGGUCAGGAGCAACGCGAUGAUGGAGAUCGGCUUCUUGCAGGACACGCGCAGGAUGAACGUGGCGUUGACGAGGGCGCGCCGGUUUCUUUUGGUGAUCGGUGAUUCUGCGACCAUCAGCGCGCAUCCUUAUUACGCAGACUUCCUCGACGCCGUACAGGAACAUGGUGUAUGGCUCAGCGCCUGGACGAUCUGA